AUGAAUCGACAACACUUGAUACUGGUGGUCGUGGCGAUAUUCUUUCCGCCGCUUGCGGCGGGCAUGAAACAAGGGUUUUUGAGCAGGUGCUUUUUAACGAGCAUGAUUUUGUACGUGGUAGGAUUUCUGCCGUCGCUGUUGUACACCCUAUACAGCAUUUCGAAGCAUCCGCCUUCGCAGCGACGCGUGCAAGCCAGCGCAGGCCGCUGUACUUAUGGCUCCACUAGGUAG